GUACUCGAUAAAUUGCCUGGACUAGUACCUACCAACACUUGGCUACCUCCCGACUAUCGCCAACAUCACAGCAAUACCGGGCGCACCCACACCAUCAUGGCGCUCAAAAUCGCCGUCGUGGGCGACAUCAAUGGCCAAUUUCCUGCCCUCUUCACAAAGCUUGCCUCUGUUCACGCCAAAAACAAAUUCGCCUUUGCCAUCGUUGCCGGUAAUCUGUUUGCGAACCCAGUGGACGCAACCGAGAAGGAUGAAGCAAACGUGAGUGAUCUUAUCGGCGGCAAAAUCGCAGUCCCUUUCACCACUUACUUUGCUCUUGGCACCAAUCCUUUGCCGGAAGCUGUGAAAGAGCGGCUCAGAAUCUCAGAUGAUGAGUUGUGUGACAAUCUUCAUUUUCUCGGCAAGCGAGCCACCAUGAAGACGUCUGAGGGAGUCCGCAUCGUAUCCCUUGGCGGCCAGCUCGAUCCAAAUAUCAAUUCUGGCCAGUCCAAAGGUGCAUACCUCCCUUACUAUUCCGAAUCCGACUGCAAACUCCUCAGGGGUGCCUCUUCUGCCGACAUCCUCGUCACUGGAGACUGGCCCAUGGGCAUUCGUUCGCAUUCCAAAGUCACCUUCAAUCCCGAGAAUCAGCCUCUGGGCCAACAAUGCAUUGCCGAUCUGGAUGUUGUACUCAAACCCCGUUAUCACUUCUCUACGUCUGGUCCCAACUUCUACGAACGCGAGCCCUUUUUCCACUUACCAAGCGAGGAAACAGACAACCUUUACCCCAUCACGCGCUUCAUCAGCCUGGCAGCAUAUGGCAAUGCCUCGAAGCAGAAGUGGAUAUAUGCAUUUUCGCUUGAUCCGAAGGCCAGCGAUCCUGUAUCCGCACCAUCAGGGUCAACUAUUUGCCCAUUAGUACACUCCGAAAACCGGAAGCGGCCUGCUCCUCCACAUCGUGACACUGAUCUAGUCUACGACAACGGAAGUAGACCAGGCCAGAGGUCUCACAAGCGGCGAAAGUUUGAGCGUAGGGGCCCUAUUGACGAUUCCCAAUGCUUCUUUUGCCUUUCGAAUGAAAACGUUGCGACCCACUUGGUGACGUCGCUUGGGGAUAACUCAUAUAUGACAACUGCGAAAGGACCUUUGUCUACCCCGGCAACGUUUCCAAAGCUGGGAUUCCCAUGUCAUCUCCUCAUCAUACCCUAUGCGCACACGCCGACAUUUGCAUCAAUGGAGGAGGAGGAGCGUCACAGUACAUAUACCGAAAUGCAACAGUACAGGGCAUCGAUGAACAAGAUGCUCAAAGCCCGUGCAGGUGAGGAGUAUGGCUCGGUGACGUGGGAAAUCAGCAGACCCAGCCUACCGCAUGGCCAUUGGCAAUACAUGCCUGUACAUGUGGAUCUAAUUCGCGAAGGCGUUUUGGAGGCGGCAUUCGAGACGCUGGCGAGCAACUACGAAUGGCCAGCAUUCACCAAGGAGGAUGUGAAGGAUGGUAUCGAGGAGACUGGCAACUUCUUUCGUGUGUUGAUCUGGGAUCCCCAGGACGAGGCGAAUGCGCAAACGAGCCUGAUUCUACGUUUCGACGAAAGUGUGCAUUUCCAUGUGCAAUUUGGACGCGAGGUGCUGGCGAAGCUUCUGCGGUUGGAUGAACGCCUUGACUGGAAGGAGUGCGGGCAAUCGGUCGCCGAAGAGAAGCAGGACGUGGCGACAUUCAAAGAGGCGUUCGAAGAGUUUGACUUUACAGAAAAGAGAUAAAGCAAGCGUUGCAGUCUGUAUGACUAUGUAUG